AUGAUUUGGCUGGCCAAGCUCGUCUCUCGACCAUUUGACCGGGUCUUGCAACUGUCCUUUCACAUCCUGUGGUUGGAGCUCGAUUUGCUGGUGGAGAGAUUUGCUACUUUGCUCCCUGGCUUGCCUGGAUUUACGGGAAGUGUGCGCCAUUAUGGGAGAAUGGCUGUUGAGGCCUUUUUCGUGGCUGAAGCGAUUCAAUGGCUCUCGACUGCGAUGGUUCUUUUGUGCUUCUGGCUGUUCUAUGCAUUAUGCUUACCACCUACAGCGGUUUCAUACCCUUUUGUCAUAGACUGGAGCUCAGACAUCUACGCCGCGUCAGCAGUGGGAUUGGCUCAGCAGGAUGGCGGGUUAAGUGUGGCCUGCAAAGAGGUGCCAAUGCAACCCAUUCCAGAUCAUGUCAGCGCUUUGGAGAUGCACUUUGUGACCUCGGAGAUGACCCCGCCUCUACCAGGCCUCUACAAACUUGAGCUCCUCGACCUCAACAACUCAAUCACGGAGGCUGCCUGGCGGCCGUUGCUGCCGAAAGUGACGUCAACCUUUUCGUCCACAUUGAUUGCCUUGGGACUGCGAGAGCCCCAGAGCUGGUCGCGCGUGGCGGCGGUGGACCUCGAGGAGCUGCGCGACAAGAUCUCAGCUGCGAGGCUUUGCCUCCAGCCCCCAGUGCGGUCAAUGGAGACCAGCUUGCAUGUCUUCUACAAGCUCAGAGGCUUCUACCGCUUUGUGCAACGUUGGCCUCUUCUUUGGAGUGCUGUGCUGGUCUUGUGCACCGGCACUGUCACAUGGUCCUUACUUUGCAUCCUGCUGGUCAUCCUGGUCCUGCGAAGGAGACAGGGAAGACAGGUGUCUGAGCCAGAGUUGGAGGUCGAAGAUCGAAUCACAGAUGCCAAAACGGUGGUCUCUGACGUCUUCAAGCAGUCCUUGUGCAAAGUUGAGGAGGCCAGUACGCAGCUGGUGGAGGCAGUGAAAGAUCCGGACCUGCAAGUGACUGCUGCGUCUGCCCUCUCUGGUGCUGUUGCCCUUGGAGCUGGGGGAGGCUGCGCUGGUCUCAUUACUGGGAGUGUAGCUGGUGGAGCUUGUGGCAUAGUACCUGCAAUUUUCACCUUUGGGCUUUCUAUCCCUGUUGGUGUUGUCCUUGGGGGAGGUGCUGGUGCUGCUGCCGGCACUGCUUUGGGUGGCACUGCCGGUGCCAUGCUUGGUACUUUACUUGGUAGAAGAUACGUACAUCAUCGCUCUGCGAACCCUGAUAGUCCACAGUCUCGCAAAGAUCUUUGA